CGAAUCGACUUCGAAAAUUGACGGAACGAUGAAGAAGACGACCGGUAAGAAGAGGCGUCUUCAAAAACCAGAACCACCGGCCGAUUCUCACUCCGAUAGACCUCGAGCUAAAUCAAUCAGAACUGUUAAUGGCUUCAAUUGCUCGACUACUGAGCCGUAUCCAUCUCAUUCUUCGCCCACUUCGGACGAAUGUCUGUCCGUGAGGGACGAUCUGUUGAAUCUUCAUGGUUUCCCGCGAGAGUUUCUUAAGUAUCGGAAGGAGAGAGAGAGGCUGAGUGAGUGCUGCUUUUUCGUGGACGGCGUCCGCGCUGAGCACGGGGAUAAUGUGGAGUCGGAGCUCGUCGUUGAGAAGGAGAGCGUUUUGGAUGGAUUGGUGAAGACUGUGCUAUCGCAGAACACUACGGAGGCUAAUUCCGAGAGGGCUUUUGUUUCUCUCAAGUCCGCCUUUUCUACUUGGGAGGAUGUUCUUUCAGCUGAAUCCAAAUGCAUAGAGGAUGCCAUAAGAUGUGGAGGAUUAGCACCUACAAAAGCCUCUUGCAUAAAAAAUAUAUUGAGUUCUCUGUCAAAGAGAAGAGGCAAAUUAUGCUUGGAGUUCUUGCGCGAUUUAUCCGUCGAUGAAAUAAAGGCAGAGCUGUCGACUUUCAAAGGAAUUGGCCCCAAAACGGUGGCCUGUGUGCUGAUGUUCAAUCUUCAGAAAGAUGAUUUUCCAGUAGACACUCAUGUAUUUCAGAUUGCAAAGUUCGUUGGUUGGGUCCCGGAUGACGCAGACAGGAACAAAACAUAUCUUCAUCUCAACAGAAGGAUACCAAAUCAUCUCAAGUUUGAUCUCAACUGUCUUCUUUAUACUCAUGGAAAGCUCUGUUCGAAAUGUACAAAGAAAACAGGCGCCCGACAACGAAUGGGAUCUGAAGAACAGUCUUGUCCUUUGUUCAAGUACUCCAAUAAUCCUUAAAUCUGUGAAUAUAGAUGUAUAUACCAAGAGUUUAUUUAUGAAAGCUUCUUUACUUGUCUCUUUUCUUUUGUUCCUAAGUUGUAUAAAAAUGCCAUGCUAAUAUCUACAAUUAGGAAUGCGUUAUCUGUAAGAAAGUGUUUCAUUCAAGGCCAUUAUUAUUAUUAUUAUUUAAUUGAAGAAACCUUGGACUU